GGAAUAGCGGUAGUAGCCGCAGUAGCAGUAGUCGGUUGGUGGUUUCGGAGCUGCAGCGGUUGCAAUGGCCUGGAGUAUCUGCGCUCGUGGAGUGUCGGUACAGUAGCAGCAGCAGCAGCAGUAGCGGUGGUGCCAGCGACAGCGAGGGACAUGAGGAAGGAGGACAGCAGCAGCAAGAGGAGCACGUGCUCCUGGUUGGCUUGUCGUACAAUGUCAACGGCUCGUUCGCCGCAAAAUCUGCGGUGUUCAAGUGGGACUCUUCCAAGCGGCAGUUCACGUUGUGGCAGAUGCUGGGCACCAGCGGGGCGCACGGCGGGCGCUGCUUCACAGUGGGGCACACGCAGCAGCAGCACCCCGCAAGCUCAGGCAGGGGUGGCAGCAGCGGCAGCGGCAGCAGCCGUCAUGGCAACGGUGUCAAAAGUUCGGCCGGCGGGGCCGUGGCUGCCAGCAAAACCAGUGGAGAGGGCGGAGCAGCAACGCUGUUCCUAGCGAUCGCCGAGAGUCGUUCGGUCAACUCGAGCGUGUGGCGGUUAGACCCAACCGACGACUUGUUCGUGUUGCACCAGAACGUCCCAACGGUUGGAGCACAUGAUGUGCAACACAUGGGUUUGGCCGUACCUUCCGCCUCCUCCUCUUCCCACUCCUUUUCCGCCGCCAUCGCCUCGGGCACUGCUGCGGGCACUGCUAACCAACAUUCGGGCAGCAUGUGGGGCAGCGCGGUGGAUGUGUUGGUGUUUGCAAACCGCGGGGCGGACGAGCUCUGCAGUCCCUCCCAGUCCAGUCCAGUGCUGGUGUGGCACCCGCAGCGUCGUCGGUUCGAAUCCAGCUCCGCGCAUUUGGCGGGCAUGCAGUGCGCCACGGGGCUCGCAACUGGGAC